AUGGCCAAGACCGCAAAACUAAAGAAGAAGCCCGCUUCCAUCAAGUCCCGCGCCGCCCGUCGCGAAACAUCCCCAUCGCUAAACCUCGAUAAAUCACUCAAAACUAUGAAGCCACCCUCCGACUCUCGUCCCUCCGUACUAGCACCUCAGAGCACUGGCAUCAUUAAGAAAACCAAGAAGUCCAAACCCAUGUCGCGGGCGCAGCGCCUGCGCCAUGAGAAGGCUAUGGAGAACGCGGAGAGAGAUAUGGACAAGCACGAGAGGAAGAUCGAGAGGAGCAAGGGGCGAGGACGGAAAGUGCAGGAGAGGGCGAAGAAUUGGGAGGAGUUGAAUGGAAAGAUAGGGGUGAAGGGUUUGAGGGCGUCGAAGGAGAAGGCGGCAGAGGACGAUGGGUGGAUUGACGAGGGUAUGGCUGUAGACGAGGAGCCGGAGCCUGGGAGGGUUGUGGUGGAGAAGGGUGCUGAGGGGGAGCCUUCGUUGAUGCCGGAGCCCGUCGCUGUUGUUGCUGAGGGGUCGGCUCAGAUGCCAGUUGCAACUGCGACCGCGUCGGCGAAGGAGGACGAGCUGGACGAUGGGAUCCUAUGA